GGAUGUCUGAUCGGCCGUCCUUCAUUGGUUUCGGUUGGAUUGAACUGGUUUCACGUUGAAAAGGAAUCUUGUUGUGAAAGCAAGUUAAAAUGGCAAACGAAAACCAAGAAGUGGAGACCUAUGAAUUUCAAGCAGAAAUUAACCAGCUUAUGAGCCUUAUCAUCAAUACCUUCUACAGCAACAAAGAAAUCUUUUUGAGGGAACUGAUAUCGAAUGCUUCAGACGCACUUGAUAAGAUUCGCUAUCAGUCCUUGACUGAUAAGUCGGUGCUGGAGGCUGAGCCAAACCUGGAGAUUGAAAUUUAUGCAGAUAAACAAAACAAAACACUCACUGUGCGUGAUACAGGUGUUGGUAUGACAAAGGCAGACUUGGUGAACAACUUGGGCACAAUUGCAAAGUCUGGAACUAAAGCUUUCAUGGAGGCUCUUCAAGCUGGAGCUGACGUCAGUAUGAUUGGCCAGUUUGGAGUUGGUUUCUAUUCUGCAUAUCUUGUGGCUGAUAACGUGAUUGUUCGAACGAAACAUAAUGAUGAUGAACCUUACGUAUGGGAGUCUUCGGCUGGUGGAAGCUUCUAUAUCAAGAAGGAUCAUGGAGAACCAUUGAAAAGAGGAACUGCUGUCGUUCUUCAUUUGAAAGAUGAUCAAACAGAAUAUCUAGAGGAGAAGAGAAUUCGAGAUCUUGUCAAGAAACAUUCCGAAUUUAUCCAAUACCCAAUCAAACUUUAUGUUGAGAAGGAGGUUGAGAAGGAAGUGGAAGAUGAAGAAGCAACAGAGGAGAAGAAAGAAGAAGAAGAGGAAGCAUCUUCAUCCGAAGCAAAGGUCGAGGAUAUCACUGAAGAGGAGGAGGAAAACAAGGAGAAGAAGAAGAAGAAGGUUAAGGAAAUUACUCAUGAAUGGCAAGUACUUAAUAAGAACAAACCUAUUUGGACUCGAAAACCCGAAGAAAUUUCCAAGGAAGACUACAACGCUUUCUACAAGAGUUUGACCAACGACUGGGAGGAGCCCUUAGCUGUGAAACACUUUAAAGUUGAGGGUCAGUUGGAGUUCACUGCGCUUUUAUUCUGCCCGAAGCGUGCUCCAUUUGAUCUGUUUGAGCCUCGUAAGAAACUGAAUAACAUCCGUCUCUAUGUGAAGAAAGUGUUUAUCAUGGACAAUUGUGAAGAUAUCAUUCCAGAGUACUUGAACUUCAUCAAAGGUAUUGUGGAUUCUGAAGACUUGCCUCUGAAUAUUUCCAGAGAGAUGCUUCAACAAAACAAGAUUCUUAAAGUUAUUAAGAAGAACGUUGUAAAGAAAUGCCUUGAAAUGUUUAGUGAACUGGCAGAAAACAAGGAAGACUUCAAGACCUUCUACGAACAGUUCUCGAAGAACAUCAAGCUCGGAAUCCAUGAGGAUAGUCAGAAUAGGCAAAAAUUUGCUGAUUUACUUCGAUACUACUCAACCAAGUCACCAGAUGAAAUGAUAUCAUUGAAAGAAUAUGUUUGUAGAAUGAAGGAGGGACAAGAUUCCAUAUACUAUAUAACGGGCGAAAGCAAACAGGCAGUUGAGAAUUCUCCAUUUUUAGAGAAGCUUCGACGCAAGGGAUAUGAAGUUCUGUUCAUGGUUGAACCAAUAGAUGAGUACUGCAUUCAACAACUUAAGGAAUACGAUGGAAAGAAGUUGGUCUGUGCCACAAAGGAAGGCUUGAAAUUGGAGGAAUCGGAAGAAGAGAAGAAGGAGAAGGAGGAACAGAAGAAGUCCUUCGAACAGCUAUGCACGGUUAUUAAGGAAAUACUUGGAGAUAAGGUUGAAAAGGUAGUGGUUUCAGAGAGACUUGCGGAAUCUCCCUGUAUCCUGGUUACUGGUGAGUUCGGUUGGUCCGCUAACAUGGAACGUAUUAUGAAGGCGCAAGCUUUACGUGAUUCGUCUUUGGCAAUGUAUAUGUCAUCGAGAAAGACAAUGGAAAUCAAUCCUAAUAACGCAAUAAUGCAGGAAUUACGUCGGCGCGUGGAAGUAGACAAGUCGGAUAAGACAGUGAAGGACUUGGUCAAUCUGUUAUUUGACACUGCUCUAUUGACAUCAGGAUUUUCUCUUGACGAUCCAAACGUUUUUGCUUCCCGUAUUCAUCGUAUGAUCAAGUUGGGUCUGAGUAUCGAUGAAGACGAGGCUAAUGAAAAGAUGGAAGAAGAUUUACCACCAUUAGAGACUGAACAAGAAGGAACAUCUGCAAUGGAAGAAGUGGACUAAAACUUCGGAUAAUAAAUCAUCAUUUGUUUUA